AUUCACUAUAUCUGGUCUCCCCGGACCCUGCAUUCACUAUAUCUGGUCUCCCCGGACCCUGCAUUCACUAUAUCUGGUCUCCCCGGACCCUGCAUUCACUAUAUCUGGUCUCCCCGGACCCUGCAUUCGCUAUAUCUGGUCUCCCCGGACCCUGCAUUCACUAUAUCUGGUCUCCCCGAACCCUGCAUUCGCUAUAUAUGGUCUCCCCGAACCCUGCAUUCACUAUAUCUGGUCUCCCCGGACCCUGUAUUCACUAUAUCUGGUCUCCCCGGACCCUGCACUCACUAUAUCUGGUCUCCCCGGACCCUGCAUUCACUAUAUCUGGUCUCCCCGGACCCUGCAUUCACUAUAUCUGGUCUCCCCGGACCCUGCAUUCACUAUAUCUGCAAAUAUUUUAGCAAAUAUAAACUGCUA